AUGAACGGCAGGAUGACUGCUUCUCCUUCUGGCAUAUCUGCCUCCGGCACAACAGCCGUCAACGACCAAACGGGGCAAUCUGGACAGUUAGAGACCCCUAUCUCCAAAGACGUGCCUUAUCAUACACUCAGCAAGGCGAUUCUCUUCACGGAUCUGGAUCAAUACCAGCACUGGCAUCACGUCGCACCCAUGCUCGCAAAGUUCCUCGUUGACGGGAUGUAUAGCAUCCAUCAGCAAUACGAGUACCUGUGUCUCUUUGCGCAGCUCAUUGUCCCAGUGCUUGGUCCGUAUCCAACACCGGAAAGGAACCUAUACCGGUGCACCCUAGGUGGUAACAUGACAGUCGAGCUGAGUCAGAACUUCCAGAAAUCAGGAUCGACCGCGCGUAUUGCCUUUGAGCCCGUCAACUAUCAGGCAAGCACCGGCUGUGAUCGAUUCAAUCGCAUCGCGGUAAACGCGUUUUUCUCCCAGCUACAAUUGCUUGUCAAUAGCGUCAACAUACAGCUGCAUCACUCCCUCAGCGAGCAUCUGACACUGACGGCCAAAGAGGAGCGCAACUUGAAUGAGGAGCAACUCGCAAAGUUUGAGGUGAAGACGCAGUAUGUUCUGGCCUUGAACUUGACCAAGACUGGCAUCGUGGCCAAAGAAUACUUCUUUCCGGGUAUCAAAUGCGCAGCCACGGGGCAGUCUGUCGCCAGCGCAUGUUUUGGGGCUAUAAGAGCAGUCGACACAGAAGGCUACCUGGAAAGUGCAUGUAAAUUGAUCGAAGCCCAUCUCCAACAGAUCAAAAUCGACGCUGCUUUCCUUUCCUGCGACCUCGUUGACCCCGCGGAUACUCGAUUUAAGAUCUACAUUGCCGACCCUCAUGUCACAAUUGCCAGAGCGGAAGAACACUGGACGCUAGGCGGACGACUUACAGAUGAGGACACAACAAUAGGGUUAGGCAUCCUGCGUGAGCUCUGGACGGAGCUCGGUAUUAUCCAAGGCCCACUCAGUCCUUCGGGCGUCCUGGUCAAACCGUUCUUGCCCAUUAUGCUGAAUUAUGAGAUGAAGCGUGGCCAGCUACUUCCCACGCCCAAGCUUUAUAUGCCGCUCAUAGGGAUUUCAGAGACUAAGAUAGCGCAGACGUUGACUGCUUUCUUCCAGCGUCAUGAUAUGCCAGGCCAAGCAGAUGUUUACACUAACAAUUUGAAGGCAUACUAG